AUGCUCACACAAGGACUGCCACUACGACUCUCAGACACCGAAAGCUGUAUAUCUACACAUUGCGCCACCCAGUUGAUACUGUCUGAACCGAACUAUAUCUGCCCCGACAUCAUUUCGUCCGAAAAGGCCUUACGCACGGAUCUGUGUCAUCCGAACUUGAAAGUCCAGAUCGGCCAGAGAAGGACCAUUGAGCAGCAGCCCGACAGACAGCAGCCCAAUAGUCUCAAACCACCACCCGAGUCAGAUCCAGGCACGCCGUUUCAGCACCACAGUUAG